AUGUGUCUCUUAACUUUGCAGAUUACUGACCCAAUGGAUGUCUCCAACCCAAAUUCCAGUUUUGCUUCUUUCACUGAGUUUAUCCUCCUAGGUUUCUCUUUUGAGUGGAAGAUUCAGGUUCUACUUUUCUCACUCUUCACUACAACAUAUGUCCUGACCAUCACAGGAAAUGGGGCCAUUGUUUGUGCAUUAUGGUGUGACCAGCGACUCCACACCCCUAUGUACAUGUUCCUGGGGAAUUUCUCCUUUCUGGAGAUCUGGUAUGUCUCUUCUACAGUCCCCAAAAUGUUGGUCAACUUACUCUCAGAGACAAAGACAAUCUCCUUUGCUGGUUGCCUUCUCCAAUUCUAUUUCUUCUUCUCUUUGGGAUCAAAUGAAGGCUUCCAAUUGUGUACCAUGGCUUUUGAUAGGUAUCUUGCUAUCUGUCAUCCCUUGCACUACCCUAAUAUCAUGACUGGACAUCUCUGUGCCAAACUAGUUAUUGCAUGUUGGAUUAGUGGGUUUCUGUGUUUCCUGGUCCCUAUUGUUUUCAUGUCUCACAUGUCCUUCUGUGGCUCAAACAUUAUUGACCAUGUUGUAUGUGAUCCAGGCCCACUGUUUGCAUUGGCAUGUGACUCUGAAUCAAUAAUACAAAAGGUUUGCUACAUUCAAAGCUCAUUAAUUAUCUUAGGUAGCUUUGUUUUCAUUCUUGGAUCCUAUACUCUUGUUCUAUUAGCUGUGUUGCGUGUCCCAUCAGCCACUGGAAGACGUAAAGCCUUCUCAACCUGUGGUUCUCAUUUAACUGUAGUAUCACUGUUCUUUGGCCCCCUGACAGUCAUGUAUGUGAACCCAGGACUUGGACACACUGCUGCGAUGCAAAAAGUCACUACCUUGUUCUAUACUAUUGUUACUCCACUCUUCAACCCCAUCAUUUACAGUCUCCGGAAUAAGGAAAUGAAGGCAGCCCUGAGGAAAAUUCUGGGGAGUUGCAGCAUAAACUAA